CGACCUAAACUCGCACGACAGUUGCAUGUCGGCAUGGAAGGUUGCAGGCUGGAACCUGACCAACUCCGAAGAGACACCGAUGGGUCCUGUGUAUGAUCGUCGAUGGGAAGACUUCAGGGAGUACAACAACUUUGGCGGACUGAACGAGUAUCGUCCGAUUGGAAAACUAAAGAAAUCGGGAGCUUUCGUAGUCUCUAUCCGUGGGGCGACUGACGCUCACGUAUUGUUGUGUGACGCGGAAUACUAUGAAAAUGACUCUUGUUACUGGAUCAUCAUCGGAGGCUGGACUAACACGAAAUCUGCAAUCCGGAAGUGCGUGAACGGCGUACCGGCUCCGAUGCUUUUUCCCAUCUAUCCCACCUGUAGUCAAAUCAGGGCUUCUUACAACUCCGAAGCACUUUCCCCGACUGAGUGGAGAACGUUUAUUCUCGUUUGGAACGAAAACCUACAAACCAUAGCGGUUUAUGAUUCAGAAAAGACGCUGAUGACGUACAAGGACAACGAUAAGCGACUGCGAAACGAGAGUUCUUAUUAUAAUUUAUUUUUAAGGAGCACCAAGACUAUGCUUUUUCGAUUUCACCUAUACAGUUUCCUUCACACGACUGACGUGGAGGCAACUUUGCUAAGUCCCGUCUUACAUAUCAACAACAUGAAUCUUUGCAUAGAAAUGGUGGUCGGUCUAUGCGCGGAAUGUCAAAUAAGAGUAGCACUGGUCGACCCAGUCGACGAAAACAACGGGGAAAGUUUGGAAAUAAUAAAACGAUCUACGGUAGUUGCUGCCCAUGGAUUACCCACGUGGCAAUACGUUCGAAUCAAUAAAACCGUGUCGUCGAACUUUGAGAAAAUGGCAAGAAUUAAACUGAUCCCUAGACUCGAGCAGCAAACACUCGACCCACUGUGGGCUGUGGCGAAUGUUCGCGUGUGCCCCCCAGUAGGCACGAUGCGAUACGGCAUCAUGGAAGCUACGCAAGACUACUACUACAGCAACUACGUCUGGCCAAACGUGACAUGUCAGAAACUGUCUCACAACGGGAGCAUUGUCGUAGACUCUACACGCGAUGCGACGAUAAAUUCAGAGUUCGAUGACAUGGAUUGUCCCGAAGGGAGAGUGGGACCUUACUGUUCCGUGAGCUGCUACAAAGACUUGGAAAACAGCGUCGACUGCAGGGGAACGGUGAUUUGCAGCACCAGGGGCUGCACGUGUCCACCAGGGUUCCUUGGAAAGGAUUGCCGCUCUAGUAAAGAUCUUAUACGUCGUAAUGGGAAGCAGCAACGAGGGUGA